UAUGGUUAUUUAAUAAAAUAAAACAAUGAUCAUUUAAAUUAUAAUAAACUUCUGAAUAGCGUCUAAAGCAAAGGUUAAAUCCUAAUUUAUAUAAAAAUAAGUGUGAAACUGAGCCAAACUUUACAUUAUGUCCUGUGAUUACGGAUCCGGUGGUACUAUGUUGGAUAGAAUGAAUUUAUAAUAAGACUGAAGUAAGAAAUUGUACAACUAAACUAUAUCAUAUAUUCCGGAGAAAUAAGGGAGACAACUAUGGCGUUGUCGUCAAUGUCUUACUUUGCAGAUAUGGAUAGACUGAGGUCCUGGUCGAGGCACAGUAAUUAUGAAACACCCAAGAGUAUGAAAAGUGUCUGGCGAACAUCAUACCAGAACAGUUUUAGCGGAAAGAAGUUAGGUUUCCAUCCGGACAGAGUUGUUGUCAAUUAUUUCACCGGAAACCGUGAAAUUUUAGAUAACCCGACUAGCAGGCACAAGCAUCUUAUGAAAACUACAUUAAAUGAACGCGCACGUGAGGGUUUCCGGUACUGGGUACUGGAUAAAGCUAAACCGUCACAGUGUAAGUAUAGGCACAAUUGGAAAAUAUGGGACCGGGGCUUACAAAACUGUACUUGGAAUUGGUAACGCGCCUAGAACAUAGUCUGCUUCAACACGUGAACAUUGUCGUCUGCUUUUUAUCAUUACUUCAUUCCAUCGACAUGGAAAUAAAUGUAACAAUCGUGUGAUUCAGGACUUAAAAUGUGAAAUUGCUUUCGACGAAUCACUUUAUCCAGUUACUUUAAAGUUACUUUUUAUUAUGUGAAAUGGAGAAUACCUUGUUUCAAAGUAUAUGUAUCCAUUGCAUUUGCUGUCCUUGAAAAAAAGGUAUUUUUUAAAAUGAAGACAUAUCUUUUCUAGGACAUAUUAAUACAUACACCUUUAUUUUUGAAAUUUCUGUCAAUGGGCAAAAAUUUACCCUUGUGCUUUGUAGAAUGAUAUUGUGUAGACCUUAUUGUAUGUGGAAUUCUUUUUCUUGUCUUAAUUAUUUUGUCUUAAUUCUUUUUUUCACUGACGUCCCUGUGCAGGGGACAAUUUUAACUGACUGUAGUUAAAAGUUUUAAAUGGUCAACAACUUGAAACUUAAUAAAAAGCUUAUCAUACUGUUCAGCAUAUUUAUUAUCAUACGUUGCAGUGUUAUCAUAUUCACAGAAUAAAGCAACUUCAUUGA